AUGACUCCCAAAGUCCUCAUCGUCCUCACUUCCCAUGGCAAGAUCGACGCCACUGGUAACCCAACCGGCUGGUACUUGCCCGAAUUCGCCCAUCCCCACGAAGUCCUCAAAAACAAAGUCUCCCUUACAAUCGCCUCGCCAAAGGGCGGCGAGGCACCCCUGGAUCCAGCUUCAGUGAAGAUGUUCGAAUCAGACGCCGUGUCCCAGACCUUCCUGAAAGAGCAGAGGGCCCUGUGGGAGAACACGCACAAGCUGGAGGAUAUGCUCCCACGCGUCGGCGAGUUCGAUGCUAUCUUCUAUGUUGGUGGACAUGGACCAAUGUUCGACCUAACAACCUCCAAAACCAGCCUCUCCCUAAUCGCAGCCUUCGCUGCCUCUAACAAACCAGUAGCAGCAGUCUGCCACGGACCAUGCGUCCUCCUAAACGCAACCGCCCCCUCCGGCGAACGCCUCAUCUCCGGCGUGACGGUGACAGGCUUCUCGAAUGAUGAGGAGGAUGCGGUGGGUGCAUCGUCUGUUAUGCCCUUUAUGCUGGAGACGGAGCUUGGGAAGGUUUCUGGUGGGAAGUAUGUUAAGGCUGCUGAGCCUUGGGAGGAGAAGGUUGUUGUUGGGAAGGCCGCUGGUACUGGGAGUGUACUUAUUACUGGGCAGAAUCCGGCUUCGGCUGGGAAGGUUGGGGAGGAGAUUUUGAGGGCUUUGGGGCUUUGA